AUGUCUGAUACAGACGUCGCAGCAUCGUUCCUCGACCCAGUUUCGAACGGCGACGAAAGCGACGUCGACUCAUUACCGUCAGAACCAGACUCAGAUGACGUUACCGUGAGCGAGGAAGACUACGAGUCGGACGCUGAAAGAGAAUGGAAAGAGAGCCUCCAACAGCUUGAGCUGCUACUUUCGAUGGUGAUCGUGCCAUAUAUCGGGAAAUAUUUUGGAAGAAAGUUCGCUUUCUGGGGAUGGAAACGAUAUAUGGAAUGGAAUUAUCCGGUCGAGAUUGUGGUCACGAACAAGGCAGCCUUCAGAGGGUCUGGAAUAGUGGCAGCUGCAGCUCCGUUAUGA